CACGUUUUUCGCGGUUUUUUGCGCGGUGAACGGCGUGUGUGCUGCAAUCCGAGUGAUAACUUAUCGUGUGUUUGCCAAAAUGUGAACAUUAAUACGAGCAAAUAUGCUCCGUGCUUUGUGAAUUCGGAUAGACUAACGAAAAACCAGUAAGUGAGGGUGUCAGAGUGAAAGACAAAGGGACGAGAAACAUGUGAAUUAAAUACUUUUAUAGUGGAAACCCAAAUGCGCUACUAAGUGUACGACGAAUCGCGAAUGUGCAUCGUGACACGUUGGUUCUCCAAUCAAGGAUUAAAAGUAGUACCUGCGAAAGCUACAGGACAUUUAGCAACUGAUAGUACCUCAUUGUCGCCGGUUCGAGUGAGUUAUAUGGCACUGUGCACCAGGAUUAACAUGCCAAUCACUCUCAUCGGCAGCAUCACUGUUUGGUACAACACACUAUUGGAUUUAUACACAUUUUCAGUGCGGCGGGGCGACAGAUUUUUCACCAAGCAAGGACCUUUCAGAUAGACACUGUGUCAUUUUGAACGGGUUUAAUCACCAUUAGUGCCACCGCGUGGGGCAAGAACAGUUCGAAAGGAAAGUAGUCGACGAGGACGGAAAAUCCACGGUGGCUACUAACAGUUCGAUCGCCCCGUUCUCUUCGUGCCUAAGAUGGCAACGAGAGAAAAAAAGGCGAGAUCCUUAACAUCAGACUCACCUACACCGUUUCUACUGGGCAGCGCUAAUAGUGGCAGCAACAGCAACCUGACCGCAACGACAUCUACCUCCACCAGUUCCACCAUUUCCCCGAGCACGGCAGGAAACGGAACAACGGGCAACACAUUAACCCUCGCAGAGACCGCUGCCAGCGGUACUAGUGGAGUCAGUAACAACAGCGGCAGCGGUGGUAGUGCUUCCGCUCCAACCACACCAACAUCCAGCCGUAAAGGCACCGUCGCUAGCGUGCACGGUGGCAGUAGCAGCAGCAUUGCGAGUAGUGGUGUCGCAACUAGCGGUAGUAACACUUCAUCAAACACGCGGGCAUCCUUGAGCCGACAAAAAUCGAAACAGCAUCUGGUAUCAUUGAACAUCGGUGACGAAAGUGGUGCGACGGGCGAGGAGUCGUUAGUGACAGGCGAAAGUUCGUCGCACGUCGCUGCAAGUCCCUCAUCCUCGACUCGCACAACGAGGGGUGGUGCGUCUCGAGAGACGGAAACAUCUCCAGCAUCGGCCACUGGAGCAGGAUCAACUUCUACCAGCAAUACCUCGUCCAGCAGCAGCGAUGUCAGCGCUAGCGUCACCAGCAAGGAGCGCGAUGAUGUGAUGCCAUCGCCAUCGUGGUCAUCAUCGUCGUCUAAGGAUCGCACCAAAUCACCGGCUAUCGGAGCACGGCGGGCAGCGGCCGCUACUAAAGUCGCCACAACUAGCAGCACUACUACCUCGGCCUCAUCCUCUGCGUCGGCCGUGGUGACUUCCACCAUCUCGACACGAGCCGAUCGUCGGCAUCAAGUGAAGGGGGGCCUGAAGCGAGCCGCUCUUCUGAAACGCAAAGCAGGAAGAAAGAUCAUCGGAAAACCGGUGCUCGGGAAGAAGGGUGUAGUGCGGCGUAAGUUGGCCGUUGCCGUGAAGGCAACAAGAGCCGCGGCAGCAGCAGCUGCCGCCGCAGAGAACGUCGACAAGGAUAGCAAAUCCAUCAAGGACGAAGAAAUGAUCGAACGUACGACACCGAGCCUGCGGAACGGGAAACCCCGUAACUCGGAUAGCCCAGUACCGAAGCGAAGGGCCGCACAGAAAUCUCCGGACAAUAGCUGGUCCACUAGCCCUUCGGGCAAAAUCCAGCGACGACGAUCGGUGUGCGUGUCCAAACUGAACGAACUAGACGAGGAACCGGAGCGGCAGACCGAUACGGACAUGAAAACGAAAUCAUUCGUACUGGACAAAAUGUCCGAGACCUUCAACGAACGGAAGGCUCCGGGUGGGGGCGGUGUAUCGCCCGCCAUUAGCGAACGAGGAGGUAGUGGCGGCACUUUGCGCCGUAGCACUCGCCAACGGAAGAGUACGGCUCGGGAUAAGGAGGAGUUUUUGUCACCACGACUCAAGGGAGCUGGCAGUGGCAGUGCGAUAGAAAUCAAGAUGGAGUUGGUCGAUCAGUGUGACGCCAGCGAGGAAGAGAUCACUGUAGUGAUCGAGCCAGAAAUGAUCCCGACAUCAGUAGCAGUAGCAGCAGCGGUCCCACUUACGAUCGACACCGCUGUAGUGAUCGAUGAUGACUCGAUAAAGGAUGGACCUCAUAGUGAUGGCACUGUCAGUAUUGCCAGUACCAGUGGCACCGGUGAUGUGGCAGUGGUGAUGGUGUCCACCGUGGCAGCUUCGACGGGCGGGCUGGUUGUCGAGAAGGACACUUCGUCUUCGCUCAGCCCGGAGCUGGUCAGUGAAGGUGUGUCGGAGCUGAGCGUGAAGGAGUGCUACGGGGAGCCAGCCUUUCUUGAAAACAAUCUCGGCAUCGAGAAGGAUCCGAAGUUGGGCGAAAUCGUGCAGGAGCGUUUCCGGUGCGACAAGGUUAGUGGCGAGGAUGUUGAUACGGAUGCUAGUGCUGUUGUUGCUUGUGAGGAGCUCGUAAAGGUGAAAGAAGAGGCAAAGGAGGAGGAGCAUGAGAAGAAGGACCAAGUGCCAAGUGCUACUACCAGUGGUGGUGGGGACAGUGGUGAAGGUGCUCGCGUUGAUGCUACUGGUGUCGAUGGUGGUGGUAGUGUUGACGAUAAGCAGCAAGUAGCUGCUAUCAAUGGUAAAACAAUUGAGUCCGAAAAGAAAAAAGUAGAAGACGAGGAUCAGGACGUGGUAAUGGUAGUAAAAGAAGAGUUGGAACUAGAGAAGGAGGCACAGCCGAACGAGAUGACUGAAGUGCAAGAAGGCACAUCACAGAACGAUGAACCGAUGAUCGUUGAUCAGCCAGUUGUGUGUGAAAAGGAGGACCAAAGCGACAAGCCAGACAAGUCUGAAUGUUCUGUUUCAUUGGUGGGAGAGCAAAAGGAAUCCAUGGAUGAGGAAAUGCCUGAAGUGAUAACCGUGGAGGAUAAGGAACUCGAACUGAAUGAAGCAACGGGCGAAGCGGCGGUUGCAAUUGCAAAUGAUGCGGAAGCUGAUGCUGAGGAGCAAUCAAAGUCUUUAUCGGUGAUUCCAUCGGCGGAACUGUCAACCGAUGUCGUCAUCAUCGAUGACGCAGAGGAGGAAGAAGUUGAGCCAACCGUCAAGGAAUUAUCCAAAACAAAGGCUGAUUGCAAAGAGAGUGCUUCCGAUGAAGCCAAGUCAUCGGAUUCCUUGCCAAAUGUUGUGGAUACCAGUUCGAACGAAAGUACUUCUGACAAACGUGCUUCCGUUUCACCGAGUACGAUCGAAGGCGCAAAGCUAAAUGGCGAAAGUAGUGAGAGUGAUGCUACGGAUAGUGACAAACAGUCGAGCAACCAGCAGCUUCAAUUGGCAGCACAAAAGCAUACACCACCACCAAAGCAAAGCUCCCCAGCCUUGGGUGGUAGCCGUGCAACAACACCAAAACCCGGCAAAACUUCCUCAGCCUCAACUACGACUGGCAGUAGUAGUAAAGAAUCGAAAGCAAAAACUCGCACCACAAAGGAGAAAACGAAAGAAGAUGAAAAGACACGCGAGGAAAAACUGCGCCAGGAAAAGCUUCGAGUGGAGGAGAAGGUGCGUGAGGAAAAGCUACGUGCCGAACGAUUGCUGCAGCAGGAGGCCGAGCAACGGCUGAAGGAAGGUUUGCAGAAAAAUACGAAGAGAGCGGUAGAGAAUGGCAUAGAAGAGGAGGAACCGACACCGCACGCAAGCAAUCCAUCAAGUCCCAAGCAGUCCGAUGAAACGGAAAAGAAGACUGAACCUGCCACUGCCACCGAAAGUGCCGUAAAGAUGAUCUCGAUCGGUUCUCUCAGCUUACCCGCCAUCACACUUCUGAAGAAAGACAACGGAGUCGCUGCUGCAACUUCUGACACUAGCAGCUCAGGUGACUCUCCGGCAGCCAGCGCGGCGGAGGCCGAACCAGUCUCAGGGAAGUUCAAUCGAUCCCGAUCGUCAUCCCGUUCGUCUCCGUCAUGUUUCGGCCGGACUUCCAAAGAAGAGAGACCACCGAACAAGCAACAAGCGGAAUCACCGGUACCGAUCGUUGCGAAAAGUGAAAAUGCCGGCAACGCAAACGCCCGUGUGACCAGUAGCAGCAGCAACAAGUUGGAGGCUUCUGCAACACCAUCGUUAAGCAUAGUCAAAAUUGAAAAGAAUGAAGAAGGUGAUGACGAGCAGCAGCGUAAGGUCGAGCAGAAACUGAAAGACAUAGUCCUGCCUGCAGUGUUGCUCGAAGAAUCCGAUGAUGCGGCGAAAUUGAAGGAAUCCCAUCUCAAGCACCUCGGUCUGUUGACACUUCAGGCAGCGUCCGAAGAGAAGCAGCGUCUGGCGGACCUAAAACCAGCAACUCCACUGACCGCGGGUGAUAUGUUGCGAGACGAUGCUGCAGGUGGUGCUGGUGGUGCAAGUGGAGGUGGCGAAGGCUGGCUAGCGGAUUCUAUCAGCAAGUCUACCGGUGGCGCCGCCGCCGGCAGCAACAGUAGUAGCGCCGGUGGUCGUGGUGGCAAUAAAUCAACGCGCAGCUCCAAAGAUGAGUAUACCGUUUCGAUGAAAACGGUCCAACAAAAGGGUGGUUCGGGCAGCGGCCGGGGCAGUGAGAAGCGCAAGCAGCAGCGAAUGCCACUGAAGAUGACGUUCCAGAAGGGCAAGGGCAAGGGCAGUGGACGUGACUCGUCCUCUAAUGGGUCGUCAGGUGUGUCCAGCAACGGAGGCGGCGGUGGCAGUAGUGGCCCUGGAAGUUCUGCCAGCGGCUAUGCCACCGACAGUGGCACCAACAACGGUGGCGACUACUACACGAUCCACAGUAACGAGGCUGACCAUCAUUCGUCCAAUUCAUGCGAUGGACAUGGACACCGAGAUAGCGGUGGUGCUGGUGGCAGGAAAACUCAUAGUCG